AGAGGAGCAAAACCAUGAACGUCCGUCAGCAGGUGUCAAGCGCGGCCCUGCACCUGUGGGCGUGCCUGGCUCUGUGCGCGACCACUGACGCUGCGGUCAAGGUCAGCCACCCUCUGCCUUGCAUCCCCGAACAGGCGGCUUCUUACAAUGCAGCUUCCGAGACCGUCUGCGCCAUAACGGCCCACCAGCUGGACGCUCCCAUCUACAGCUUCUCUGAUGGCACCUGUGACGUGGGAGCUGCGGGAACUGACCCACGCGGAAAUGCACGCCAGUUCACUCCGUUCUCUGCUCAAGGCUUAACACAGGUUGCGAAUAUUGCCCAGGGGAAGCCUUUCGAGGCCUGCCUGAAGUAUUCUACCAGCUACUACCCACAAUACGCCAACGACGCAUCUGAAUCCACUUCGUUCAUUAGCCACGGAAGCGUCGCCCGUCCCUGGUGGGUGGUGGACUUGCAGGACAUAAACCUCGUGGAUAGGGUGGAGGUCUUGCCCAGGCCAGGAACCUUUGACUAUAGGUUUCACCAAGUGGAGGUCCGCGUGGGGUCGACGCCGAGGGUGGGCGAGGACUUCUCCGAGUGGCCUUUGCUCGGCUUCUACGAAGGGCCGUACACGACCUCCGAAGGACGACUCACUUUCGCCAACGAUACCAAACUCUGCGGCCGCUACGUGGUCGUGCAGCGCGUUGCCCCCAAAGUGGAAUACCUGGAGCUGGCUGACGUCAAGGU